AUGCAACAGCGUUAUUACUUUGAACAACCUGAUGUAUCUGAAGAAGUUCUUGCUUUGAAGACAAUGUGCCAUGAAAGCCUUGACGACGGCGAAAAUGUCGAUUACGCCAAGCCAUCUUAUCAUCGUACAUGGCCUAUUGUGUUGGAAAAUAAACAUGUUGUAUAUGUUAAUCGUACUGAUAUCCAUCGCAUAUCUCCUCAUCUUAACAAGAUCAUCAGCAAUCAAAGGAUUGGCAGAAAUAUAAUGGCUUUUGGUGCUCUUAGUGAUAUUUCUGGUUUCGAUUUUCAAAUCCUGCUUUCAGCCAUUUGUCCGACGCGCUUUGGACUUUAUUCUUUACCAAUUACAAAUGAAAAGUUUGCUCUACUCUAUCAUUUUGGAAGACAUUAUGAAAUUCCCUCUCUUAUAAAGAGAUGUCAUCAAUUUUUAUUAUGUUCAAGAUUAUCUACUCAACCCGUUGAUACACUUCUAAAGUGGUAUUCUAUUGUUUCUACAGAUUUUCCUGAUGGAGAUUCUAUUAUUGAUGUAUUAAGAAGAGAGAUGGUUUUAGCCGUUCUGUUGGCGAUUAUGAACUAUCCCGAUUAUUCUACUUUGGUUAAAACAAUUUGUUUUUCUAAUAUGCCUUGCAUGAACCUUUUGAAAAAUGUUUUAAAAAGAAGAUCUCAAAUAUAUCACCGAGCAGAAUUUGUGAAUGGUUUGACAACUGGAUAUAACUGCUGUGAAUCUUCUUGCCGAAUCUCUCCCUCCUUCUGUGGUCUUAUAUGUACAUCCUGCUCCAAUAUAAUCUGUUCAUCAUGUAAGAAUGAUGUAUGUAGCGUAGCUUUAAACGAUUUAUUGGAUUCGUUGGGUGGACGUCGAUCUGAUGCUUCUAGUCCUGAUUCUGGUUAUUGUGAUACCGUAAGUGGUCAGCAAUUUUCUCAGAACUUCUAA